AUCAAGUACAGCUUUAAUCACAUCUGAACUGGAAAAAACAAUGUCUUUUCUAAAGAAAAAUUAUAUUUAUUUACCAAAUAUAAUGUAUGCAUAUAGGCUUUUUGAAAAUGUAACGAAAGUAAUUCAAAAGCCUUUUCCUGUUUUCUACAAUUUAAUGUGAUGUUAUCUUUACUCUUUCAUUUAUUCGACAAAAUGUUAUCGAUAUCCUGUAUAAUUCUACAUCUAAGGUAUGCCAUCACUUGAAAUGUUAGCAAAAUAAAAAAGAUGAAAUCCGAAAUUUUGGCAACCACCUUCUUGGGUUUAGCGGUCAGGUCAAUAAUAUCGCUAUAUUCCUAUUCGGGUUACGAUUCCCCGCCGCUGCAUGGCGACUACGAAGCCCAACGCCACUGGCAGGAGGUCACUGUAAAUCUGGAUGUCGGAGAAUGGUACACAAACAGCUCCAACAACGAUUUAUUAUAUUGGGGGCUGGAUUACCCACCUUUGACUGCUUACCACAGUUAUUUGGUGGGGCUCAUAGGCAAAUCUUUAGAUUCUCGUUUCGUCGAGUUGCAUGAAAGCAGAGGAUUCCAAUCAAAAGAGCACAAACGCUUCAUGCGCGCAACAGUUGUGACUGCUGACGUGCUCAUCUAUUUGCCGGCAAUUUUGUACCUGGUGUAUUGCAUAGAUAAAACCUUUCAAGGCGAUGACAAACUGUUUCUAUUCACAAUAAUUGCGACUUAUCCCGGUCAAAUACUCAUUGACAAUGGACACUUUCAGUAUAAUAACAUAUCACUAGGCUUUGCCGCCGUGGCAAUCGGGGCAAUCUUGGGGCGAAGAUUCUACUUGGCCUCUUUUUUCUUCACACUAGCUUUAAACUACAAGCAAAUGGAGUUGUACCACAGCCUGCCGUUCUUUGUAUUUCUUUUUGGGGAAUGUGUGGGUCAGAAAAGCUUCUCUUCUUUUGUCACUCAAAUUUCACGGAUAGCAUCCGUUGUACUAUCAACAUUCGCUAUUUUGUGGUUACCCUGGUUGGGAUCUCUUCAAGCGUCGCUUCAAGUUUUGCACCGCCUUUUUCCUGUCGCCCGAGGAGUUUUUGAAGACAAGGUGGCGAACGUUUGGUGUGCCGUAAACGUCGUUUGGAAACUGAAGAAGCAUUUACUCAACGAACAAAUGGCCCUGGUCUGCAUUGGAUGCACUUUAGUUGCGGCCUUGCCCACAAAUAUACUUCUCUUCCGAAGACGAACUAAUGUUGGAUUUUUGCUGGCCCUUUUUAACACAGCACUGGCGUUCUUUUUGUUUUCAUUCCAAGUCCAUGAAAAGACGAUUUUACUGGUUGCUUUGCCAUCUUUUUUCUUACUUAAAUGGUGGCCUAAUGAAAUGAUUAUAUUUCUGGAAGUUUCCGUGUUCAGUAUGUUGCCUCUUUUAAUCAGAGAUGAAUUGUUAGUACCUGCUUUAGUAUCUACUUUUGUUUUCCAUGUGAUAUUUAAAUGUUUUAGCUCAAAUUCAAAACAGAGCAAUGAAUAUCCUUUAAAGUAUCUUGCAAGUAUAUCAAACAUUCUGAUGAUUAUUAUUGUCGUAGCUUCCCUAACAAUACCAGCACCCUCGCGGUUUCCUGAUCUCUGGCCUUUGGUGGUUUCUGUUAUAAGUUGCGGCCACUUUUUGUUAUUUUUCUUGUGGGGAAACUUUCAGCAUUUUACCUGUAAGAUAAGUUAGAUUCUAAAUCUACGCUGUAAAAAUAAAUGCCAAAAAUGUAA